AUGUCAUCAGAAUUAAGGAACGCUUCGAAGACAUUGCUAAAGCUUCUGAAGAAAAGAAUAAUAUGUACCCUAAACCAUCGCCGAUGUCACUCAUCUUUCCCUACAGCAGUUGAAACUGCUGAAAAAUUGGUUCAGCCAAGGUCCAAAGCUACAUUCAAUGACCCCUUUUCCAUUGUAAGUCAUGAGAUGUCAAAUUUGGCGAAGAAUAUUGCUAGUCUUAUUGGUUCUGGACACCCUACGUUAAACCGAGUCUCAUCGUACUAUUUCGAAGCCGAGGGAAAGAACGUUCGUCCAUUGAUUGUGUUAUUGCUAUCCAAAGCAUUGCUGAAGAUUCCAAUAGAAGAAAGAAAUCGGAUCCCAAUCGACAAGCUGGACGUAUCAGACCAGCCUCAGUACAAGGGCACUCCACAGGCUACAUCUAUCGCUGGGAAUUCCGUUGAUGACUCGAUCUCUCCAUUGCAGAUCUUACAUGGAAUCAACCCAAGGGUCAUCUUAGACCCGUUAUCUAAGCCAAUGGAUAAAUUACCACAAUUUGACUCAGUGAACGGUAUUUUGCCCAAGCAGCGUCGUUUGGCGGAAAUUGUCGAGAUGAUCCACACUGCAUCCUUGUUACACGACGACGUUAUCGAUCUCUCUGACUCCAGAAGAGGCAGACCAACGGGGAAUAUUGCUUUUACCAAUAAGAUGGCCGUCUUAGCGGGUGAUUUCCUUUUGGGUAGAGCAUCUGUUGCAAUCGCUAGAUUGAGAAACCCAGAAGUUAUUGAAUUACUCUCAACUACAAUUGCUAAUUUGGUAGAAGGAGAAUUUAUGCAAUUGAAGAACACAGUCUUAAGCAACAAUGAGUCCACCAUAUCAAACGAUGGAGAAACCAAAACUAUUCCACUGGCAACCGGUAAGGUUCCAAUACAAGAUGAUGGGUUCUCAGUGGAUGUAGACCAUCAAACUAAUGUAGACGCAGCAUUCGAGUACUAUUUACAUAAAACUUACUUGAAAACCGCCUCGUUGAUGUCUAAACUGUCGAGGGCAGCGGCUGUCUUAAGUGGGAGUCAAGAUGUAGUUAUCGAAAACUGCUAUGAAUUUGGAAGAAAUUUAGGACUUUGUUUUCAAAUCGUAGAUGAUAUGUUGGACUACACUUCCAGUGAUUUAGCAAUUGGAAAGCCAAGUCAAGCAGACUUGAAAUUGGGAUUAGCCACGGCUCCAAUUUUGUUUGCCUGGAAGGAGAAGCCAGAGUUGGGAGAAUUGAUUGGAAGAAAGUUUAAGAAUCCUGGAGACAUUGAGGUUGCAAGAUCUGCAGUAGAUGAAUUCCAGGGUGUAGAAAAGACUAGAUUAAUGGCCGAAGGGUACUGCUUAAAGGCCUUAGAGAAUUUACGAGUAUUGCCAGAAAGUGAUGCCAGAAGUGCCUUAGAAUUGUUAACCAAUUCCGUGUUAACCAGAACUAAGUAG